AUGUCACUCCGUCGAUCUCGUCGAUCGCGAGGGACACGAGAUGACUCUCCGGAACCCGAUGCUAACAUGACCACCAGGUCUACAAGGCAAACUCGUGCUGCUGCUGCUGCUUCUGCGCCGACAUCUGCUUUAGUUUCAGUCUCCAGAUCUUCUUUGAAUUCCGGAGAUCGGAAGAGAUCGCUCCGUCUUACGGUCAAAAUGCCUUCCAGCAAAUUGCGGGAAGCCACGGGCACUGGUCGCGCCGCUGGACGGCGCUCAGUCAAUGUGUUCCGGGAAGACCCCAUUGUUUCGGGACCCCGCUCCAGUCGGAACCGAAAGAAGAUUGUAGAAGUUGCUACCAGCGACGAAGAGGAGCUCGACGACCAGGAGGAAGACGAGGUCGACGACGAAGAUGCCCAUGGGGAUGACGAUGAAGAUGCUGAUGCUGACGCUGAUGGCGACAUCGAUAUGGACGACAUCCCCCCUCAAGCACCUGCCAGGCGCGGUAAGGCGGCUCCUCCGUCUCGCGCCAAGCCGCCCAAGAGCGUGGAGGCCAAGGAGAUGGAAAUGGAUGAGGAUGAGGAUGAAGAAGAUGAAGAUGAAGAAGAGCCCAUCUCCGACACCGAUGAAGAUGCCGAAGCCGAGGGCGAUGAGCAUGACGAAAGCGCAAUUCCAGACGUCAAUGUUGAUGAUCUAGAUGAACUUGACGAAGAGGAUGAAUUAGACGACGAUAUGGACAGUGAUGCUCAUGCUAUGCAAAGCGGCAAAACGACCAAGCGCCAGCGAGGAAAUCUGGGAAAUGAUUUCUUGCAACUUCCUAUGGAACCUCAGGUCAAGAAACAUUUGACCGCCGAAGAGCGUCAAAUGCGCCGCGCAGAGAUGGCUCGGAGGAGGAAGAACUUGAGCGAAAAGCGAAAUGAAGAGGAAAAGAUGGACACAAUCAAUCGCCUGCUCAAGAAGCAAGCUCCUAAGCGGCGUGGUCGAGCGGCGGCGGCGGAGGCCCCUGAUGGUACUCCCGGCCAAGAAACCAAGGAGCCCGAGAAACCAGAUCCUACCCUGGUGCGGUGGAUCAGUGGAGCGAAUGGUUGUAGAGUCAAUGUGCCAGAAGAAUGGCUGGGUACACCUGCCGGGCGUGUUUUCAGCGCACCUACAGUUCCCGCCACGGGGAAAAUGGUUGAGGAACUUUGA